AUGAAGACUUCUCCUCAUUGGUCCGUUCCCUCUUUUACUUCCGAGGGCCCCACCUGGAAGCAAGUUCUCGUGUCAUUCGGGGGUACCCCUCCCGACCUCACGAAGUUCUUCACCGAGUCGGCUGUUCGUGCAGCCAACGGAUAUCUCAGGGAUGGGCGAUCUAUGUUAAAGGUCACCUCCAUUGUCCGCGCCUAUGACAGUUUGUCAUUGGUCACCCCCGCUGUUGCCAGCCCGUCCAACCUGGACAUACUGCGCAACUUCAUCUGCGAAAGCCUCCCAACGGGUACCCCAUUCGAGGUUGUGCUCCCAUCAUCGACGUCUUUUAUAAAGAUACUCGAUGUUCCCUACUUCGAUCCAAAAGGGCUGAAGAUCACCCAGGAGGCGCUUGAAAAGGCCCUCCGUACCUCGGUUCACACUGAGGUCUUUGCCUAUCUGAGCACCAAGCCUCGGAUCGAUCGCAAUUCGGUGCACUCGACUUCGUGCACCAUCUAUUGCAACAUUUGGGACUCCCAGCAGGGAACCCACACCAAGAAGGCCUUAGGCCAACCGAUCUUCCUUGCUGGGUGGUCCUGCGCAAUCAGGCCUGCCGCGCGACACACCAGGGUUCUGCUAUGCCAGCGCUGCUGGAAGUGGGGCCACCCCACCAUUGCCUGCAAGGCGAAACAACUCUCCUGCCCUAUCUGCUCGGGUCCGCACGAGCAGAAAGAGCACCGUCAACAUGCGGGAUGUUGCAAGGGCAACGCGAAAGCAAAGCCUCCUGUGCUGCCCACCCCUCGUGACCAGCCCUGCCCCCACAAGGGCCGCUGUGUCAACUGCCACAAGGACCACACCACCAAUUCAGCGUCGUGCAAGUUCUGGGCCCAUUGCUACAACCAUGAAUGGAUCAUGGCCGAGUAUCAUCAGACUAAUGUUGGGAAACCAUCAGGAUCUAAGUAG